UUACGACGGUGUGCUUACACAAUGACAGUUUCCGUCAGCUUGACUUGCGAAUCGUAACCGCGUUGAGCGAGCGUUUUCUCGUUUUCAAUUUCAGCCGGAACUACAGUUUCACCAUUUCAAACUAUCGAUCGAUAUCGAUUACAGCGCCAGAUAAAGAAAGAGACAUUUUUUCGAGAUAAGUACAAGUUGUACUUGCUGUACUUAAACUCUGAACUUCCAGCUCGAGGCCCAGCAGAGAGCUCGAGCGGCAGCUCCGAAAAGUUUGUUGUUGUCACGUGACGUGAGACGAAUGUGGCGAUAAAAGUUUGUUUCGAUAGUAAAACUAGGUGGCGUACUACGUUAUUAAAACCCAACGAACACCGUUUGCACCGAAAUGCCUCAACCAAAACAUCGAAAAAUUGCUGUUAUAGGUUACAGGUCUGUAGGAAAGUCAUCUCUUACAAUACAGUUUGUGGAAGGACAGUUUGUCGACUCAUAUGACCCCACCAUUGAAAACACCUUUAACAAAUUGGUCAAUGUGAAUGGCCAAGACUUCAAUCUUCAGCUGGUUGAUACAGCAGGACAAGAUGAGUACUCAAUUUUUCAACAAUCCCUCUCACUGGACAUCCAUGGGUAUGUCCUUGUCUAUUCAGUGACUUCCAAUAAAAGUUUUGAAGUUGUGCAGGCUCUACAUGACAAGCUGCUAGACGUGGUUGGGAAGAUGCAGGCUCCAACUGUUCUUGUAGGGAACAAAAAAGACCUCCACAUGGAAAGGGUUAUCAAACCAGAGGAGGGAAAGAAACUUGCUGAUUCCUGGGGUGCUGCAUUCAUGGAGUCCUCAGCCAAGGAGAAUGAUACUGCUGUGGAGGUUUUCAAGCGGAUCAUUUUGGAGAUGGAGAAAGCUGAUGGAAACGCACCACCCGAGGAGAAGAAGUGUGCUGUGAUGUAAAAGUGUAUCCAGGACAUCAGUAAGCUCAUCUGCUGAAGACAGGAGGCACAACUUCACCAGCUUGCCAAUAGUGACCUCACUGACACCAAGACACUGCAGUGGAACUCUACUGCUCCAUUGUGAUACCUGAUUGAUUUACAUAGCAAGGCAACUGCCCAGACAGUUGAUAAACUAUCCCACUAAUUGUAACCACAGGGAGACGUUUCUAAAAAGCAAGAUAAAUCUUUGUUUUUGACAAAGAAGCACAGUCGGUGAACACUUUGUUUAAAUAUUGAAUUGUAAUAUGUAGCUGGGCAAAAUCUUGACUUUGAGUUCAACCAAAUGCUCAGAAAACAAACAAAAAAAUUACCAAACAUAUGGUUCCAAUUAAUUGCAUUAAUUUUUUUUUUUGUGUGUGAAUGUAUUGCGGUAAUAACUAUUUGUGAAUCUGAUGUUUGAGACAACAUUGGCCUCUGUCUCAUUACUAUUUGAGUAGUUGAGUUAAUGUACAGUAAGGGCUGGUGAAUAACCUUUUUAAAGACUGGUAUAAUUUCAGCAGGUCUUCUUUUUUUUUUUUUGACAGUGAUGGAAAGUCACAGUUCACAUUGCUUUAAAUGUGGUGUUAAAAUGUCAGUAUCUCUCACAGAUGGUGGAUUUCCUCGAACACUCUGGAAUGAGAUUUCACAUAUGAAAUCUUGCUGGUUUCACAGUUCUUCUCACUGUAAUUUUUAUCAACUCCUCUUCAGGUACCUCUCACCAAUGAACUCAUGAACUGCAUCUUCACGAUGGAGGAAUCUAUUUGUAUAUCAUAACUUACAUCUUAAGCUCCUCUGCUAAGCAGAUUAGUUCUCUGCCAUUGUUUCUACAGUUUAACUUCUCCUUAUUGACUGUAAUAAAGAUGGUAUCUUAUGGACAACCCUCAGAGAAAUUUAGCGUAGACUGGAAUAGAUCUUUGAUAUUUACCAGUUAUGGCCUUUUUAUACAAUAUAACUAGAAUCUUAGAAAUUGGUUUGAUACUAUUGGUUAUAUUUUGAGUGGUGCAGGUUUGCUCUCCCUUCAGUAUCCUAAGUAGAGUAUAUUCUUCUAAGUGCGUUGUAAUUAUGAAUAUUGUUGAGUUGCAAUUUUUUAAUUGCGUUUUAACACUGCGUAAGACUAUUUAAGUGGCUGGAGGCUACAGAGUUAGUUCAGUAAUCUUUGAGCUCAUGGUUUUGAUUUGACGGUGCAUGCAGGCUUGAUGGAAACAAGCCAGGCUGGCAUGUAGUCCUUUCAAUUUACAUUGUGGACUUGCAUGAUCGCUGUCUGAUCACUGAUCCUUAAUAACUUUGUUUUCCUUAGAUCAUGUAGCCUUACAAAGACACGACACAACGUGGAUUUCCCCCCAUAGUCCUCAUGUUGUACCUGUAGUGGGUAAUUGUAACUUUUUUAUCAAGUGCUUUGCUGAGUAAGUAGUUGAUUGAUUGAUGAUGGUUGAACAGAAGCUGGUGAUGCUGUGUCUUGUGCCUUACAGUUCCUCAAACUCCCUUAUCUGCUUCCCUUAAUGACUCAAGGUGCUCUUAAAGGUUUUUUUUCCCCCCUUCUGUUGACUUGAUACCGUGGUGCAGGUGGCGGUGUGCACCUCAACACCAAUUUCCCCUUGUGGGUCAAUGUUAAUUCAGAAAACUUGCUGUAAACAGUUUUGUAUAUAAAUAAAUCUGUUACUCAUGUGA